AAAAAAGGAAGGUCUUCUUUCUUCUCUUUUAUUUCCUUCUCCCCUUUAAUGUGUCACAGAAGACCAAGGAUUCUUCCAAGGGGAAGUUGCGCCAAGAACCAAAGGUAGAUUAUUCCGUGCUAGAUUCUCUCUUCCUCUUCAUUCCCAACUUGUUUGAAAGCCUGUUUGAUCGAUUCGACAUGAUUCCUCCAUAUCCUGGGCGAAAGUGGUGUUCGUGGUGGUGUUAGUUUGGGAUCGUUUUGGUCGGUUUGGCUUGUUUGUUUUUGUUUUCUCGCUCGUACUGGUCUUCCUGGAUUGGGGAGAAGUCCUUCGUGCUUAUCCACGCGGGGAGAGAGUGAGAGGGCUUUAAGCUUUUGGCUAUGGUGACAACGAUGGUGGAGAUUCCAUCUCCUUACACUAGGGGCGAGUGGUGGGCUCGCUGUCGAGCAUUAGAACUAUCGGCAGAAUCGAGGAUCAAACUGGAGUUCUUCUAAAAGGGCUCUGGAAGGAAGGAAUGAAGAGCAUCCUCUAGAACAGGUCUUGGAUCGCUCCAGACGUUACUACACAGAGGGCCUUUGAGAGGGAGAUCAUCGCAAAUGGGGUGCUGCGUGAGCUCCAAGAUCCAGAACGAAGACGUUGUUGGGCAGUGCGAGGCACGCAAGUCCUUCGUCAAGCAAGCGGUGGUAGCUCGCACGGCGCUCGCCUGCUCCCACGCCCGCUAUGUCCAGGCGCUCGCCGCCAUGUCCCUGGCCUUCAAGCAAUUCUCGGAUAGCGAGCUGGGAUUUAGAUCCAGCGAUCGCGAGGCCCCGAUUCCACCGCCAACAGCCAAGAGCACCGCCCACAAGGAAGAGGAUCCAGAGGAAGAGCAGGAGGAAUCCCCUAUUUCGAUCUCCCUCUCUCCCUCUCCCUCGGAGGAAAUCGAAGAGAGGAGCUCGAGAAUCAAAGCGAUGAUGCUGAGGAACACACCCACGGAGGCCGUCACAGUGGUGCUAUCCCCGCCCAGAAGGAGGAACUUCACGAGCGAGAACGAUUACUUCGCCCAAUUCGGGGAGGAAGAACGUGGCGGAGAGGAGGAGGAGAAGAAUGUCGCUGGCGCUCCCGCGGCGCCCAGGAUCGAGGAGAUUUUCGAGCCGGAAGAUGAUGACGCGUCGACCAGUGGUUCCUCCAGCGAUGGCGCCAGCAGCAGGAGCGGCGGCGGCGGUGAUGCCGGUGACGGCGACGGGGAAGUCCAAGAGAAAGAGAAUGCGGCCGCGGGAGAAUCAAUUGGAUCGACCGAGAAGAGUGAGACGCCAGCUCCAGUGGAGCUUGUGGAUGUGCUCCGGGAGCUGGAAGAACAGUUUCUCCGGGCUUCCGAGGCUGGAAAGCCAGUAGUGAGAAUGCUGGAGGCGGGCAAAGUCCAGCUCGAGAAAGGCUUCUCGGAUCAUUCUUCCCGGUUGCUGAGCGCUCUUUCGCUCGGGCAUUGGUCGCCGAGAUCUCUGAGCUCGCCCAGUGGAUUUGACAUUGAGGCUGGUGGCAUGUCCGGGAGUCACGCUGGAACUUUGGAUCGACUUUACGCAUGGGAGAAGAAAUUGUAUGAAGAGGUCAAGGCCUGGGAGGCUGUCAAUACGGAGCUGGAACGAAAGCGCAGGCUUCUUCGCAACUUGGACGCUAGAGGGGCGAAGCCCGACGUCAUAGACAAGACGAGAGCGAGUAUGAAGGCCUUGGAGACUGAGAUAACUGUGGCGGUCCACGCGAUGGAAGCUUCGUCGGCCAAUAUCCAGAAGAUCACGGACGAAGAAAUGCUUCCGCAACUUUUGGAGCUCUUGGAAGGGCUUGCCGUCAUGUGGAAGAACAUGCACGAGUGUCACCAGCAGCAACUUCGCGUUGUCAUGCACCUCAAACUCCCGCGGGAGUCGUCCUUGGAAGCGAUCAGCGUGUCUCACCGGAACACCACCGCGCAGCUGGAGCUGGCGCUCACGGCCUGGCAGACGGGCCUGGGCAGCUUCAUCGCCACGCAAAAGGACUACGUGCGGAGCCUCAGCGGCUGGAUCAAGUCGAGCCUGCCGCCGGACUCACAUCCGAAGAAGUCCGGGAAGAAGGCGGCGGUGGUGCCAAAGAUCCGACACAUGAGCGAUAAGUGGGCCGAGGCGCUGGAGAAGCUGCCGCUCCAGGCGGUGAGCAGCAGGAUGAAGCAGCUGUCGGAGACGCUGCGCGAGAUUGGGACGAAGCAGGCGGAGGAGAUCCGACUCCAGCGCCGGACCGAGGCGCUGUCCAAGGAGCUCAGCAAGAAGAUGAUAUCGCUCAAGAGCUUGGAGAAAAAGCAGCAGCAGCAGCAGCAGCAGCAGAUGGAUGGCAGCGUGGGGAAGAAGAAGAGCUCGGUCGACAAGCUCGGGGAGAGAGUGGAGAUUGAGAAGCAGCGGUUCCGGGGAGCGAUCCAGGACACGAGGUCGUUCACGCUGUGUGGACUUCAAAGCAGUCUCCCUCCUCUCUUCCAGGAGCUCCAGAGUUUCACGGAGAAGUGCAUGGAAAUCCACACGGCCCUCUAUGAGGAGGUUAACUCUUACACGGCUGGAGUCACUGUGGAUCACUCCCGGUAGACUAAGGAAGAAACACCAUUUGUGUAGCUUAAACCAACACAGCAAAAAAUUGUAAACGUUAAGCUAUCUUUUGUUCUUGGAUAGAGAUCUUGUGCAAGAAAUUAUUUUGGAA